AUGAAGUACUUCGCUGCCCUUUUGCCCCUUGUGGCCGCUCUCCCAUCCAACCCCAGCCUCGGUGAUGUUGUUGGUGCCACGCCAGACCCAACUAAGGUUCAAAUCAAAGGCAUCACCUAUGGUGGAACUGGAUGCCCACAGGGAUCCAUGAGCUAUCAGCUCUCCCAGGACAGAACCACUGUCACCCUCAUCUUCGACUCCUACAUCGCCUCCAUUGGUCCCGGCAUUGCCCUCACCGAGCAGCGCAAGAACUGCCAGCUUAACGUUGACAUCACUUACCCAGGCGGGUUCCAGUACUCCGUCCUGAGCGCUGAUUAUCGUGGAUAUGCUGCUCUCCAGAAGGGCGUUACUGGUACUUUGAAGUCGACCUAUUACUUCGCUGGAUCAACCGAGCAGACCAGCACCCAGUAUGACUUCGUUGGCCCGUUGACCGGCGACUACCUGAAGCACGACCAGGCCGACAGCACCUCGAUCGUCUGGUCGCCGUGCGGCGCCGAGGGUAUGCUCAAUGUCAACUCCCAGGUCCGCCUAAGCUCCAGCAACAGCUCUGCUACUGGUCUCCUCACUACCGACUCGACUGAUCUCAAGUUCACCCAAGUCGUGUACGUACAAUGGCAGAAGUGCACCAAGUAA